AUGACGACCUCUACCAUCACAGAUCUUGAAGCUCUGCUUGAACGACUGGAAAUCAAAGUCCCAAUACCCCAAUUUCCUUCAGCAAAUGUGCUGAAACGGCCCUUGGAUAUCGGUCGCUCUUACUUAGCAGAUAUCUUCUGUACCCUUCUUGAAAGCGACCCAGAAAUUGCUUAUAAGUCUAUUACUUGGCCUAAUGAUAUUUUCAGCGGCGAUUUGGCAGUCAUAUUACCGAAACUCAGCCAAGGUGGUAACCCCAGCGCGGUAGGAUUUGACAUAAUCAAUAAGUUUCCUGACCGUUCGCUGUUCAUGCUCCCUUUCCAAGAUGGCGUGCAUCUUCGCAUAAUGUUCAACACUAGCACGCUUCCACGACUUAUACUCCCUUACAUAAAUGACCGACUGGACUCUUAUGGGCGAGAUGACUCUCUUGGACUUCGAGAUCCUUCCUCCCCAGAAGUCGGACGCAAGAAAUUGUUGGUUGAGUUCUCGUCCCCUAACAUUGCUAGUGAGUUCCAGGCGAGGCAUCUCCGAAGUACUAUCAUCGGUGCUUAUAUUGCCAACCAAUAUGAAAACAUGGGCUGGGAGGUGACGCGACUCAAUUACCUUGGAGAUUGGGGAAAGCCGAUAGGACUAUUGGGCGUCGCAUGGGAGAAGUUCGGCUCAGAAGAGCUUUUCCAAGUUGACCCGGCUGGGCAUCUACAUGAAAUUUACCAAAAGGUCCUGGAGCUGUUUGUCCCAGAGCAGGCUGCAAGCAAAAAGGUCCGUGAUGAAGGAGGUGAUCCAGCCAGCAUUGAAAGCCAGGGGCUCUUUGCAGAACGCAACGCCUUUUUCAAAAGAAUGGAAGAAGAUGAUGAGCAAGCAGUUGCAUUAUGGAAACGUGCUCGUGAGGUCAACAUCAAAAAGUAUACCGAGCUUUACUCGCGGUUGAACGUUACUUUUGACGAAUAUUCUGGAGAAUCCCAAGUCCGGUCGGAGACCAUGACGGAGGUUGAAGAAAUUCUCAAGCGCAAAGGUAUCUCCGAGGAAAGCGCAGGUUCCUGGAUGAUUGACCUUAAAAAGCAUUCAAAAAUUUCUGGUACAGCCAUCAUUCGGGACCGCACAGGAAGUAGCACGUACCUCCUACGAGACCUUGCGGCUGUCUUGGAGCGAUCCCGGAAGUACUCGUUUGACAAAAUGAUAUACGUAGUAGCAGCGGAUCAGCAUACCACGCACUUUUCUCGGCUUUUUAAGAUUUUGGAACUUAUGGACAUGUCCGAUCUCGCAAGUAAAUUGCAGCACGUUCACUUCAGUAAUGUAUCCAAGAUGUCAGAGAAGCUGGGCUACGACCAAACUCUAGACGAGAUCCUCGACCAAGUCCAAAAGGCAACUCAUGAUUCGCUUGAAAGGUACCCAGAAAUGGCGUCCAUCCUUGGUCAUACCGAAGAGUCUAUCUCCACCAUUGCGACAAGUGCACUGGUAGCUGGGGAGCUUUCUACCAGGCGAGCGCAGGACCACGCAUAUGAAGUUACUCGAAUGACUUCUUUUGAACCCGGUACUGGACCACAUCUACAGUACUGGUAUGUGAGAUUGUGUAACGUUUUCAAUGCACAUUCGACCUGCAUAGCGCCUUUGUCAGAGGAAGCUGAUCCUCUUACAGAUGAGGAAUUUAGUCUUCUUCGUCUGCUAGUUCAGUUCCCUGAAAUUACCCAUCUUGCAUAUGAAUCUUUAGAGCCCGCGACUAUAAUGACAUAUCUUGUCAAUCUAGCCGUACAACUAUCCAGUUGCUUUGAUGAGUGCGAGAACUUGGCUCUUGGAAAUCUGUCCCACACCAAUCUGUACGACGCUACACGAAGAGUCAUGGAGAGCGGAAUGAAGAUUCUUGGGAUCGUACCAGCCCGGACUCCCGAUGAAGUGUCGGUAUCAGAGGAUAUUGUACAGUCAGAGAAGUUGACUUUGAUUGAAGAAAAUCACCCCGAGGAUGGUCAACCCGCUAUAGAAGGAUUGUCAGCCAAGGCAGAAACUCUACCUUCCGAGAAUGUCCAACCAUUAGUAGAGACUACGUCGUCUUACUCGGUUCAGAUACUUCACGAGACUCAAGCAUCCAACAAAGACCUAGCACUUGACGAAGUCGCGUACGGCAUCCCGAACGAGGAAUGGCUACGCCUGGCGUCAACACUACCAUCAACUCCAGACGUGAGCAUCGAAGAGCUCAAGAAGGUAACAAACGAGGCGAGAGCUGUGGCAGCGCAGAAUUUGAUGAAGCAACUUGAUCUUGCCAGUAAAGUAGUCACGCAGGAUCACCUGAUUCCUGCAAGAGAUGGCUUUCAAAUAGAGGCUCGCACAUAUCGUCCACUAGUUUCAGCAACGCCGGCGGAUGAAAAGUUGCCUGUCUACAUGCAUUUUCACGGCGGUGGAUUUUUAUACGGUUCACUUGAAUCUGAAGAUCCGCUUUGCUCUAUCGUGGCCCUUAGACUCAACAUCCUCGUGUUGCACGUCAACUACCGCCAUACGCCCGAAUACAGAUAUCCGAUAGCCUGGAACGACACUGAAGAUGCCAUGGUCUGGCUUUGCAAAAAUGCGCCCAAUAUCAGUGCUGACCUCAACCGAAUUGUGAUCGGCGGAUCUUCAGCUGGUGGGCAGUUAACUGCAUCUCUGACGAGGGUCGUGACAUCGCAACCUUCCCUAUUGCAAUUAUCGCCGCGACCUACUAUUCUCGGGCAGGUUCUAAUGAUUCCAUCGUUGGUAUUUGCCGAUUGCUACGAGUCUCAGAUGCGCCAGAUAAAGAAUCCAAGUUUAUGUUCGUACAAUCAAUGCGCUGAAGCAAAUUUCUUAGACUCGAAGACCAGAAAGAUGUUCAACGAUGCGUUAAAGGUUGAGAAUCCGGACCCUAACGAUAAGAGACUGAAUCCUGGACACUUGACGGCAGAGGAAGCGAGGAAGAUGCCACCGACUACGUUUGGGAUUGCAGGUUACGACCCAUUCCGGGAUGAAGGAUUAUUAUUUGCGAAGUUUUUGACUGAACAGGGCGUGCCUACCGACGUCCAUGUUUUCAAAGGUUUGCCACACGGCUUUCGUAUGAUGGGAAAUAGGUUAUCAGCAAGUGCGGAAUGGGAUAAAGUUUUACUUGGUGGUAUUCGAUGGGCUUUGAGUAGACCCACUGGAGCAGUUGAGCUUGUAAUUAAGGAACACUAA